UGGAUAUCAGGAGGAAGAUUCCUAGUGACUGCAGUUGGAGAUAAAUAAGGCUCAACUCCUGAAAACUGAAAAUGAUGAGAAUGGCCAAGCAGACAAUUUUUCAAUGGACCCCCAGCUGGAGAGACAGGUGGAGACAAUUCGAAAUCUUGUGGACUCCUACAUGUCUAUUAUCAAUAAAUGUAUCCGAGAUUUGAUACCAAAAACAAUCAUGCAUCUUAUGAUCAAUAAUGUAAAAGAAUUUAUCAACGCAGAGCUUCUGGCUCACUUGUAUUCUUCUGAGGACCAAAACACUCUAAUGGAGGAGUCGGCUGAACAGGCACAGAGGCGAGAUGAAAUGCUGCGCAUGUACCAAGCACUAAAGGAAGCCCUAGCAAUCAUUGGUGAUAUUAGCACUAGCACUGUCUCAACCCCUGCGCCCCCUCCUGUAGAUGACUCUUGGCUUCAGCAGGCCCGCAGAUCACCUCCUCCAAGUCCCUCAACACAGAGGAGGCCUACACUAAACAAUCCCCCAACCAGACCUUUAUCUGGCCGAGGACCUGCUCCUGCGAUCCCAUCUCCAGGCCCUCAGUCAGGGGCUCCCCCGGUCCCGUUCCGCCCAGGACCACUGCCUCCAUUUCCGAGUGGUGGUGAAGCCCUUGGAGGACCUCCCCAGGUUCCCUCUCGGCCAACCCGGGCACCUCCCAGCGUCCCAAGGGGAUGCACACCCGCCCUGAACCCCCCCAAACCAAAUGCAGAUAUGGGUCUGCGUGGCCAGAGCAUGCGCUGCCUCACUCGCCUGCGCCCUGGGCUGCUGCAUGGGCCGGCCACUCUGCGCAGUUCAGCUCCGUCCUUUGCCAAAACCAAGCAGGUCGGGUCUGGAAACAGAUGCUGCGGGUAA